AUGAACCUGACAGAGGUUAACCAGUCAGAUUACUGUAUAAAUUCUUCCUGUCCAGAGAGAUCUGGAUCUCCUGCAGUUUAUAUCUUACUGUACGUGUGUUCAGCUGCUGUGGUUCUUCUAACAAUGUGUGGAAAUCUGCUUGUCAUCAUCUCUAUUUUUCACUUUAGGCAGCUUCACACACCAACCAACAUGCUCUUGCUCUCUCUGGCUGUAACGGAUUUCCUUGUUGGUGCUUUUGUGAUGCCUCUGAUGUUAAUCUGGAUUAUUGAGUCGUGCUGGAUUUUUGGGAGAGGAUUCUGCAUCAGUUUUUGGUUGAUUGCUUGUUUCCUCACAAUCUUGUCCAUUUAUAACAUCACUCUGAUUGCUGUGGAUCGCUAUUUUGCUCUUUCACACCCUUUUCUGUACAGGAACAGAGUAUCAGUGAGGAUCACUUGUACUGUAAUUGUGUUUGACUGGUGUGUAGUGGUGACCUACAUCAUAGCACUCAUGUAUGUCAAUGGAAACUUCACAAAUUCUUUUAUGUGUCCUGGAGAGUGUGUGUUUUAUAUCAAUGAGGUUUGGCCCUUUAUUGACCUUACACUAACAUUUAUAUUUCCUCUUUCUGUCAUAAUCAUAUUGUACAGUCGGGUUUUUCUGAUCGCUAAGAAACACGCCACUGCUAUCAGAGAGCUUAAUAAUCACACACGACCUCAAACACAGAAAAUCACCUCCCACUCCAUGAAAUCUGAGAGAAAAGCAGCCAAAGUCCUCGGUAUAGUAGUGUGUGUGUUUCUAGCGUGUUUACUUCCGUAUUAUAUUUACAGUUUAUUAGGUGGUGUUAUUGACCUGCAGGCAGAAACUAUUCAGAGGCUUAUGAUCGUGGUUUAUCUAAAUUCCACCAUCAAUCCGGUUAUUUACGCUCUGUUUUAUCCGUGGUUUAGGAGGUGCGUUACAUUAAUUAUAACUCUGCAGAUAUUCCAAACAGAUUCUGCAUUAAUCAAUGUGCUUUCAUGA